UUUUUUUUUUUUUUUCAACUAUUAAAAUAUUGUUUGUGUUGCGUCCCCGUUGUAAAGAGUGAACCAACACCAGCAGUGUGUUGUUAUGUCAGGAAGUUCGUGCGUGGCUGAAAUUUCGUCUUACUUUUUUUGUCAUAUGACAAGCUGCACAUGUUGCUUGAUGAGAAGCCAUCAGGUGAUACAGCAGACAAGGCCAACAAAAUUUGUGUGAGCCAUCAGUGAUCACAUGUCUCAGUUGGUGAAAACUGAUGUGAAGGCCAGCAAAGCCUUGUCGUGGCUGCUACGCCAUGGUGCCGAGAAAGAAGGUUUAGUUAUUGAGUCUGGAGGUUGGAUCAGAGUGGAUGAUAUACAGAAAAGGCCAAAUUUUAAAAAGUUUACUGUAGACAAAGUGAAGGAGUUGGUAGACAACUGUCCUAAGCAGCGUUUUGCUCUCAAGGAAGAAGAAGGUCUUUUGUAUAUCAGGGCCAAUCAAGGACAUUCAUUAAAGAUUGAUGAUUCAGACCUGGAAAAAAUCACUUCAGAAUCUUCAGUACCUUUUAUGGUGCAUGGAACAUACUACCGACACUGGCACAGCAUUAAAAAACAAGGUCUUUCACGUAUGAACCGCAGACAUAUACACUUUGCUCCGGGUCUCCCUGGACAGGAUGGUGUCAUAAGUGGUAUGCGAUCAUCUUGUGAGAUCUACAUAUAUGUUGAUCUUACAAAAGCCUUGGCAGCGGGAUUCAAGUUUUUCAAAUCAUCCAACAAUGUGAUCCUGUGUCCUGGAGAUGAAGCAGGAUUUCUUCCUCCUCAGUAUUUUGUCAAGGUGGUGGACAAGAAAACAGAAGAGAAUCUGCUGAAGUCAUAAAUUGAAAAUCACCAUGAAAAAUACAUAUGUGUAUUUUGAUGAGACACUAGAUAACUUAUCUAAAGAAAACUUUUGAAAAGACGUGAAUGUUUUUACAUUUGAUAAAGUUACUGUAGGUAUUGUUCUGUCAACUUGUGCCAUUGCAAUGGAAGGUGCAAAA